UCCUGACGCUUCCAGUUCCAACCUCACUGCCCAGUGCCUCAAGGCGCAGCGCAGCCACCGGCCACCGCUGGGAGCUGGCGGCCGGAGAUGGCGCGUCGCGGUGUACAGCUCCUGGUGGCACGGGGGAUAUCCUCGUCGCCGUGCCUUUCUCGGAGGAUCAAGCAAACGGAAAGUGAGAUUGUUCGGAUGUUUCAUCCUCCAGUUCGUCAGAGUGAGGAAGCAAUAGCAACCACUGUGCCAAGAUACACACAUUCUGUGCGUGUCUUAGAUGAGAGGUUCAUUAGGAUCCUGAAAAUAUUCAAGUGGGGCCCUGAUGCUGAGAAGGCACUGGAGGUCCUCAUGCUUAGAGUUGAUCACUGGUUGGUACGGGAGAUUAUGAAAACUGACAUCGGGGUCAACGUGAAGAUGCAGUUCUUCAGAUGGGCUGCAAAACGAAGGAAUUAUGAGCACGACACAUCCACUUACAUGGCAUUGAUACAUUGUUUGGAAGUAGUGGAGCAGUAUGGUGAGAUGUGGAAGAUGAUCCAAGAAAUGGUACGGAACCCCAUUUGUGUUGUCACCCCAACAGAGCUUUCAGAGGUAGUUCGGAUGCUGGGGAAUGCUAAGAUGGUCAGUAAGGCAAUUGCAAUCUUCUACCAGAUCAAAACGCGGAAGUGUCAGCCAACUGCGCAGGCAUAUAACAGCAUGAUAAUAAUGUUGAUGCAUGAGGGCCAAUAUGAGAAAGUCCAUGAACUAUACAAUGAGAUGAGCACUGAGGGUCAUUGCUUCCCAGACACUAUGACGUACAGCGCACUAAUUUCUGCUUUUUGCAAACUAGGUCGCCGUGAUUCAGCAAUUCAGUUGUUGAAUGAGAUGAAGGACAAUGGAAUGCAGCCAACUACUAAGAUAUAUACAAUGUUAGUAGCUUUGUUCUUCAAAUUGAAUGAUGUUCAUGGAGCAUUGAGUUUGUUUGAAGAGAUGAGGCAUCAGUAUUGUCGACCAGAUGUAUUUACUUACACUGAGUUGAUCAGGGGCCUUGGUAAAGCUGGCAGAAUAGAUGAAGCAUAUCACUUCUUCUAUGAAAUGCAACGAGAGGGCUGCAGACCAGACACGAUUGUUAUGAAUAAUAUGAUAAAUUUCUUAGGCAAGGCUGGCCGUUUGGAUGAUGCUAUGAAGUUGUUUCAGGAGAUGGGAACAUUGCGGUGCAUUCCUAGUGUGGUGACAUACAAUACUAUCAUAAAAGCACUUUUUGAAUCAAAAUCUCGUGCUUCUGAGGUUCCAUCUUGGUUUGAGAGAAUGAAGGAAAGUGGAAUUUCCCCCAGUUCAUUCACCUAUUCUAUCCUGAUUGAUGGAUUCUGCAAAACCAACAGGAUGGAGAAGGCCAUGAUGCUACUGGAGGAGAUGGAUGAAAAGGGUUUCCCUCCAUGUCCAGCGGCAUAUUGCAGCCUGAUUGAUGCUCUUGGAAAAGCUAAGCGCUAUGAUCUUGCUUGUGAGCUUUUUCAGGAACUAAAGGAAAAUUGUGGCUCAUCCAGUUCUCGGGUAUAUGCAGUUAUGAUUAAACACUUAGGAAAGGCUGGACGGCUUGAUGAUGCUAUAAAUAUGUUUGACGAAAUGAACAAACUUGGUUGUGCUCCCGAUGUUUAUGCAUACAAUGCUCUCAUGUCUGGAUUAGCAAGAACGGGCAUGCUUGAUGAAGCUCUUAGUACAAUGAGAAGAAUGCAAGAGCAUGGGUGCAUUCCUGAUAUCAAUUCAUACAAUAUUAUCCUUAACGGGCUGGCAAAAACAGGAGGACCUCAUCGUGCAAUGGAGAUGCUUUCUAACAUGAAACAAUCUACAGUAAGACCUGAUGUUGUCUCUUAUAAUACUGUCCUUGGUGCCUUGAGUCAUGCUGGCAUGUUUGAGGAGGCAGCAAAGCUGAUGAAAGAGAUGAAUAUAUUGGGGUUUGAAUAUGAUCUUAUUACAUAUUCAUCUAUACUUGAGGCUAUUGGAAAGGUUGAUCAUGAAUAUACUGGCCAAGGUUGCUGAUGAGCAAUAGAUGGUGUUGUUUAUUUUCCACAUGACACAUCUAAUGCAGGCUUUCUUUCUUGAAAAAAAUAUUCUUUAGGAAAGCUUUAUCUGUUUGCAUGUAUGAUGUAUGAAAAGAUGUGCCUCAUGUUACUCAGGUGAAUUGUUGUAAAAGAAAAUACUGAAGACUGAAACUGAUCAAACUGUAAAGGUGUAUACUGAAUGGCUUGAUUGUCAAAGCUAGUAAUGAAGGUCUUCUACAACCCCUCUCCUUGCGGCGUAUACAGCAUCGCAUCUCCCUCUAUGCUGAUGAUGUGGUUCUCUUCCUUCGCCCAACUGCCUCAGAGUUACAAUUGGUUGAUGAAUUGCUACAGCUGUUUGGAACUGCUUCGGGGCUCCGAACUAAUAUACAGAAAAGCUGUAUCUCUCCUAUCCAAUGUGCAGAAGAGGACUUGGCUGUGGUGAUGACCCAUUUUCCUUGUGAAAUUCAGAAUUUUCCUUGCAAAUACCUUGGCCUUCCUCUUUCUCUCAAGAAACUUAAUAGAGCACAGUUACAGCCUCUAAUUGAAAAGGUGGCGGAUCAUCUUCCAUGUUGGAAGGCUGAUUUGAUGAGCAGAGCUGGUCGGGCGACAUAUGUGGAAUCAGUAAUUACUUCUACUUUGAUCUAUUACUCUACUGCCUUGGAGCUUGCUCCUUGGUGUUUGAAGGCCCUAGAUAAGAUUCGACGUAAAUUCCUUUGGAGAGGCCGGAAGGAGUUAAAUGGUGGUCACUGUUUGAUCACUUGGCCUAAGGUGUGUCGCCCAAAAGAGCUUGGAGGUUUGGGCAUUUUGGACUUGCAGUAUUUUGGAUGGGCCCUCAGGUCCGUUGGUUGUGGUUGGGGAAAACUGAACCCAACAAGCCUUGGGCUGCCUUCCCUAUCUCAAUAAAUAAAAACGCCCAAGCCCUCUUUUCCAUGGCUUUGACCACCACUAUUGGCAGCGGGUCUCAGACCAAGUUCUGGACGGACAGGUGGCUCAAUGGGAAGUCUAUCGAGCUACUGGCCCCCCAUCUUUUUGCUUGUGUUCCCAAAAGGCGUGCAAAAAAUCGUAUGGUCGAUGAAGCGCUUCGGGACAACACUUGGGUUCUUGAUAUCCAAGGGCACCACACUGUUGCAGUUCUGGCUGAAUAUUUGGAAAUUUGGGAGAUGGUUCAAGAAGUGGUUCUGCAACGUGAAGUGACUGAUAAGCACAAGUGGAAAUUUGAAGCUUGUGGAGAUUUUUCUACUAAAUCAGCGUAUAGGGCCUUCUUCAAUGGUGCUAUCUUAUUCGAACCCUGCAGGCUGAUUUGGGGCAGCUGGGCCCCCAGGAAAUGUAAAUUCUUCCUUUAGUGGUUCAUAACAGGUGCUGGACGGCAGAUAGGCUGGCCGGACGGGGUCUCCCACAUCCUGAGCAUUGCCCUCUUUGUGAUCAGGAGGACGAAUCUAUCCAGCAUCUCUUAUGUUCCUGCGUUUUUUCGCGACAGUUUUGGCACUUGCUGCUCUGUCGUUUUGGACUUCCUGACAUAGGUCCUCAACCAGACUCGACAAAUUUCUUUGAUUGGUGGCUUCAGGCUGGCAGCUCUUUCAACAAGGAAGUUAAACAGGGCUUCAACUCGCUGGUUUCUUUGGAUGCUUGGAUUCUUUGGAAAGGAAGGAACGACAGGGUUUUCAAUGGCAUCUCGCCCAAUCUGAGUCGUGCCCUUCUCCUUGCAAGUGAGGAGGUUGAUCUCUGGAUUUUGGCCGGUGCCAAAGGCCUCAGAAGACUUUAGAAGUCUGGUUGCUGUUCGCAAUGGUGGUUAGAGGCUUUUUGUUGUGUUUUUUGGUCGUCUUUCUUUGUCUAGGGCUUUUUCUGGAGUGGUUGUUUUUGUAGGAUGGUUUUUGUGUUUUAGUGUUCCUUUGCGUGUGUUGGUGUGAGUUUGGGGUGGUGUUGAACCUGUUUUGUACUUCGGCAUUUAUGCCUCCUUUUUUCUCUCCUAUCUUAAUGCAAUGAUACGCAGCUCUCCUGCGUAUUCCAGAAAAAAAA